UCGCAUUAUAUUUUUGCUACGUCGCGGAAGGAUCUAAUUUUCUCAAGCGAGGGUCGACACAUCCGCCCAGUUUUCCGAUGUUUCAUUCCCCCCCGAGUUGAAAAUGGAGUUCGAUUAAAGCAGAUGUCCAGCAACUUCCUAAGGAAAUUUUAGGUCUCGGUAGUUUUACUUCAUGCGUUAAUAUCAAUAUUGAAAACAACUGGAACAUUUCCCCUUGCUUUGGAUGCCUUUACUGCAAAUUACUCGGACACGUUGACGGAGCAACGCUGCACAGCGCUUUUCAAGUGUUGUCCUGGACCUGAAGUUGGCGAAUGGAUGCUCGACAGCCAGCCAUAAAUAACCUGCCAAACGUUACAGUGUACAACAAUUUGUACAUUUUUUAAGGAUCUAUACAUGUUUUUGACCAUCCGGGAUCUGUGUUUGUUGAAGAGGAUGUUGCCUAUGUGCGAUUUGUUGUGGUCGGAUUUUACUUCCAGGGAAGAUAAAAUGAAUCAACGAAUGUCAUUCCUCCUCGCGAUUUAACGUUAGUUCCAGCCAGCAAAGCUAACGUUAAGCUAGCUCACUUGGUUUUCACAGGGACGCUUAGUUAGGCAUGCUCCAUUGUAACCAUUUACUUAUUAUCCAGAAUAGGGUGAUUUUCAUAUGUGAAAGAAAAUGGUGAUAUUUGAGGUAUUUUAUCCCGCCGUCACUGCGUCGUCGAUGCUAUUGCUAGGAUUUGGAUCCCCGUGAGAAAAAAAUGAGUGAAGAUUCAACAAAUCCACACAACGAUGACAGUUAUGCGCGUGUGAGAGCAGUGGUCAUGACUCGGGAUGACUCCAGUGGUGGGUGGCUUCCCCUGGGCGGUGGAGGCCUUAGCUGUGUCACCGUCUAUAAGGUCAGUCGGGCGGAGGACAGCAGCAGCACCCACAGCGGAGGCAGCGGAGGAAGCAGCAGCAACCUCAGCCCCUGUAGCCCCAGUCCUAGCCCCAGCCCCAGCCCCACUACUGUGGAAUUCCUCAUCAAGGGCGAGAGGCUCAAAGACAAAUUGGUGGUCCUCGAGUGCGUCCUGCAGAAAGACCUAGUAUACAACAAGGUGAACCCCAUCUUCCACCACUGGAGGAUCAAUGACAAGAAGUUUGGUCUGACCUUCCAGAGCCCUGCAGACGCCCGUGCCUUUGACCGGGGAAUACGCCGGGCCAUUGAGGACAUCAAUCAAGGUUGUCGGUCAUUUGGGGAAGGAGAUGCUCCUGAGGAUGGGCUACAGGUGUGUGAUGAGCCUCCAUCCAUUUGUACCCCGAUGAAGUCGCACUUCUCCCCACUGAACAGCGUUGUCUCUACCGAGCCAUUCAGGGGCUGCUACGUCCCCGCCCAACCCUUCGAUGAGUUCCCCCCCAGCAACCGCCGGUAUCUGCCUCCACAGGUCUCCUUCAAGUCGACUCGCCACGUCAGUUUUCACAUGGACGAAGAGGAGAUUGUUCGGAUCAACCCACGCAAGGACGUGCUCAUCCGUGGCUAUGAGGACUACCGCCACCCUGUCAUGUGGAAGCAGGAAGCUGAGCGCGAGGACCCUGAUUUUCCCACCCCCUUCCACAAACUGGACAGUAAGAAGUGUGAGUACCUCUUCCCUGAAGGCCCCGGUGGGGAGCCCCACUCUGGCCCUGGUAUGGGCAUUGGAACGGGUAUGGGGCUGGGCAUGGGCAAGGACACAUCCAUCAAGACACAGCCCUCUCCCGUGCUGAAGUCCAAGAAGGGCCGGCGGCGACGAGAGGACGGGGAGCGUUCGCGCUGCAUCUACUGCCGGGAAAUGUUCAACCAUGAAGACAACUGGCGGGGGCAGUGCCAGGACGCCCCCGACCCAAUCAAGCAGUGCAUCUACAAAGUCAGCUGCAUGCUGUGUGCCGAGAGCAUGCUCUACCACUGCAUGUCCGACUCUGAGGGUGACUUCUCGGACCCGUGCUCAUGUGACACGUCUGACGAGCAGUUCUGCCUGCGCUGGCUGGCCCUGGUGGCGCUCUCUUUUAUUGCGCCCUGCAUGUGCUGCUACCUGCCACUGCGAGCCUGCCACCACUGUGGUGAGGCCUGCCGCUGCUGUGGGGGCAAGCACAAGGCCGCGGGGUGACCCGUUGCCGGACACUGGGACACCCUCAAAGCUAGCUAACACAGGAAGUGGAUAAAAGCGGAAAUCAAAUGCCGGCAUCCUUUUUUCAUUCCCCUCUCAGACGGGGUAACACGUUGUUGAUCCCCAGCUCUGAGGGCUUUUGGAGAUUUCAGUUUGUGUUUGUCGCCGACGAGCAGCAGCGGAGGACAAACCAUAUGCUUUGUGGGGGCUCUGAGCAUCAUGCUAAGUUCAGGAGCUUAAUCUGAGGAGGAGGCGUUGAGAUUAACAGACUUGGAGAUGUUACUAAACACACCUGUACACAUACACACACACGCGCGCGCACACACACAUACAUAUAUACACACACACCUCUCACAACCACACCCAUGCAUAAACAAAACCAGGCCACCAAUGUAAGAACUCUACUACAAGUAAAGCAUAACUUUAUGAAGGAAAAUUGUGUUUUGUACAGAGAGCAAAAACUUAUUGACAAAAAAGAAAACAAAACAUAUGCGUACAGAAAAAAUACUUGCUGUUUGAGUAUGCUAAAAGGGAUAUGUUCUUGCUUUUUCGUGAAUUUGCAGUUGGGUAACAGUGGCCUUUCCUUCACGGCUUAAGCAUUUGCUGACAAUGUAAUUACUAGACAGAGAAAGUGCACUAGAAACGGUAUUUUUCCCCCAUUAAAAGUAACCCUCUCAAAUUGUUGUGGUACAUUAACCACCAUAUUUAGUGUAAUUUUAACAUUUGAGAGAUGUUGCUGUGGUGGAUGUAUAGCCUAUGUGUUUCCUUGCUUUCCUUUCCAUCGAAUGUUGAAAAAACCUCAACGUGUAAUGGCUUGUUUUUGAAGGUACAGCUUGGCAUAGCUUUGACAUUCAUUUAGAAGAUGUUAAAAUGAUUACCUUGUCUUGCCAAGGUGAUUUGGACCAUUUAAUUGCAUUCCAACAUAAAGGGAUUGAUUCCAUGAUUAGAAGGGAAAAUGGUAAUGACUUUAUCAUCCUCAGUUCCCCAAAAUAGUGUAGUUUCCCAUGUCAAGAAAUAGCAUUAGAACCUCUUGAACCAUUUAAAUUGAAACCAAUACAUCACAAUUUCAUUUACUUCAGCAAAUUUCCGUUUUGGUGAAGUUAAUUACUGCUGUAGUGAAACUGGUGUUUUUGUUUCAUCAUUAUUUUCCUGCGCAUUUUAUGAUUAUUCUGAACCUAAACCUGAAAUUUUGCUCAACCAGCAAGUUUUGUUUUGGUAAGUAAGGGGUAUUGAGUGCUCCUUGAUUGAAUGAUGAGGCACUUAAUUUAGGCUAUUCUUUGGUACAGAAUCUCUCAGAUUUUAGAAUUUGUCUCUGCAUAGUUUUCACCAAUUUAACUUCCAAUUUGUCAUGGGGAAUCCCCACUUUAAAAAGCACUGGUCUCCAAGCUUUGGUUGCAGCACCCUCUCUAAAUCUCCAUGUUUGUCCCCCAGUACCUUGUUUAAUUUUUUUUGUUUUUUGUUUCCUUUCUAAAUGUAGUAUUGUGUGUACUGCCAUCAUUGGGUCUUUUCUUGACAGUUAGUCCACUGGAACUCCAAGUAUUUGUAGUUAUUAAAAAGCGUACAGAUAUGUGUGUGCGUGCAUAGGUCUUUGUAUGCACUGGCAAUGAGAUGUCAUGUAAUGUUACCAUUGACAAUGUGAUAUAUGCUUUGAUUCUUAACAGUACUGACCAGCGUCCUGUUUCCCAAAGCAUCUUAGCAUCUAUAUCGAUUGGCUCACAAGUGAACAAAGAGAUGAUCUAAAACCAUAAAAUAUGGCCCAGGUAGAUUGAUUGCCAAAGUAGAAAUGUUGAAACUAUUUCCUACCAAAAGGAACAAAGUUAAAAUAUCAGAUAGGAGUAUGCCUCGCUUAAAUAUUCCCAAUAAUGGUAUUUCUGGUUUAAUACUUUUGAUGACCUCUCAACAGAAUCAACUGUUAAUUUUGGAAAUCUGGCUGCAGUAACAGUUAAGUAUUUGCUAACAAAAGCAUUGGCAUCUUUGUAAUUACUAACGAUAACUGUAGUACACCUAAGUUUUUAACAGCAAACAAGAAUCAUUACUGUUGCCAACAGAUAUGCAUAUCUUCUACCCUCCUGUCACUCCUGGUUAAACACAGUGACACCCAAGUCUCUGUAAAACUGGACUAUAGGGGAAACAUUUUCUUCCUAAUUCCACCCCACUAUGCCCAGCGGCACCAAUGCUCCCUUUACUUUCUAUGCAAACUCUUUCACAUGGGAAACACAUUGACCUCUCUGCAGACUGAGUCAGUGACGGGACAGGACACUUUAACGCUAUAGGUAGAUGACCAACCCCUGGUACCAAACUCCAAACACCUGUAAAUACUUAACACUAUAUUUAAAUAUUGGUAAUAAUCCCAGUUUUUUUUCCUCUUUGAAAUUUUAAAGAUAGAGCUGUAUUUAUCGUUGCUGUCAGUAUAUACUGUAGCUUCAAUUGACAGCAUUAUGUACAUAGAUCACCUUUUAGUAUUAUUUCACAUUGAAAAGUAGAGGGCGUUUGUGACGGAAAUGACUAUUGAGCUUCUAAUAGAGUUUCUCUCUAGUUUUGUACGGUAGAAGGAAGGAUAGUGCUAACACGGUACAGUAGUGGCAGUCCACUUAUUUCAAAAGUCUGAUAUAUAUAUACAUACAUACAUAUAAAGCUGCUAGAUACAAUCACUAAUUUUAUUGUUGAGAGAAAAAAAUCAGCUAUGAAAGACUGUUAAAACAAAACCUAAUUCUCCAACAGCAUAUAACCAUGACCAUGCGUGUUUUAAUGUGUUUGAUUGCUCUGUAUGUGUCCACACUGACGUGGACGUUUGUGCAUGUGUACGGGUGCGCGAGUGUUACUGUACCUGUGUGUGCCAGUGUGUGCCCAUGAAUGCGUGUACGUAUGUAUGUUUUCAGCGUGUUGGCAUGCAUGUGGGGUUCGCGUGUAACCAAAUGGUUGGUUUGUUGUCAUAAUCUCCCAUUGUAAUUGGAUUGCCCUGCAUAUUGCAAGCUGAACCAAGGUUUGAUGAACCUGAUUAAAACUUGCUGGCUGAGAAGCAAAAUGUAGGACAUGCAUUUAUACAAAGUUUAGAGAAUGCUGAAAUAACACUUCUCAUUCUGCAUUAACCAGCACAGUGCAACUUCCUGUCAUGUACUGUAUUAUAUAUGCAACAUGUGUCUGUCCGCUUUAAUUUUUUUUUUUUUUUUUUUUUUUUUUUUUUUUACCUGCAUUAUAUAAGACUUCAGUUUUUAACCACUUUGCUGCUAGUCUUUUAUCUUCUUUCAAUCUUGGAAAUUGUGCAUAUCUUUGGGAAUGCAUACAAGUGUACAUUCUUGACAUUGUGUAGAUUAAAAAAGAAAAAAGCUAUAUAAACCUGUUUCUCUUCAGUGUAUUGUUUUAAAAGAUUACUUUUCACAGCAGUUGAGUGGUUAUGUUUCGAUUCUCCAAUGCUUUGGUGCACUGAUGAUAUAUGUAAGCUUUUUUUCAUCUUACAGCGCUUGAUGUAACAUUUAUGUGAUUAGUUCUAAAUAGUGGAAGACAUUUGUGUUUUGAAAAUUGCAGUAUAAAUGGUACUCUUAACUAUUCUGUAAACACUGCCUGUUUUCUCUUUUUCUUCUUUCUUUCUUUCUUUGCAUAUUUCUUUCCUGUGCAUCUUUCUUUGAGUUUCUUAGUGCCAUCGGCUUUCACACCCUGACAACCUCAAAAAAGUGCCUCACGUCCAUCCUAGUUUCCAUCUUACAAGUUAACUCUUGUUCUGGUUCUAUUGGUUUCUAUACGUCUAGGUAUUUCUAUCAUGGUUCGAGAAUACCAAGUAUAUGAUGUAAAAUUUAUAGUCCCAAUAACUCAUGUCAUAGUUGUAUUUUCUUUAUACAGAUGUAGCUUGUUACUUUUCAUAAAUAUAUAAUGUAAAUAUGCAUACAUAUGUUUGUAACUGUUUUUAUGUUACAUCAUACACUUGUAAUUUGACAUAUCAAAUAACAUUAUCAUAAUAAAAUGGUGAG